AUGAACGAUACAGACGUAGGAGAUGUUAAUAUACACGCAUUUGCUGGACUUGUGAUGCUUAUGGUCUCACCAUUCGGAGUUGCGGCGAAUGCCUACGUCUUCUUAAAUGUGCUGAGCCGACGCCAAUCUCGAACCUCAUUUUUGACCUUAUGUGCAUCAAAAGCUCUUUUCAACUUGAUUAUCUGCAUUGUCUUCCUUGUUUGGUGCACCCCAACGGCUUUUCUCCAUUCCUAUUACCUAUCGCCUGUUGUUCAAGGGCUCUUAGGAAAUUUUAUUGGAGGAAUGAUCUACUUAGGCGGUGUUCUUACGCAGGUGAAUGUUGUUCUAGCCUCAGUGAAUCGCCUUAUCGCCUCAUUUUCUAUACACCUCUAUAAUAAAAUCUGCACUCUUCGCAACACUUUGGUAAUCUUUAGCUUCUUUAAUAUCAAACCUAGUAAAAAUACAGAAAUGUAA